UCUCUUCUCUUUCAACCCAUCUGUGGCGCCGCUUGGUCUAGGCCAAGCGUUGUCGCAUAAAUAAUGGACAAUUUUGAUACAUCCAUUGUGCCAUAUCAUGAUCCUUUUGAUGAUAAUAUUCUUACCGGACUUAAUUUUUCACUCUUUGAUGAUGAGAACCCAACCAUUGAUGGUGACAUCAACUACCAAGUACCCAUUAAUUUAAACCCAACCAUAGUCGGCGGCGAUAACAACAACCACCAAGGACCACCCAUUAAUGAAAAUAAAACAAAUUUGAAUUAUAGUUUAAGUUUCCCUGACUAUGAUCCAUAUUUGCUUGAAAUUUCAUUCGAUAGUGGAGAUGGAUUUAUUGGGGGUAGUACCAAUCCAGAGGGUGAAGUUCCGGGGAAUAAUAAUUGCCAAAUUCUAAGAGAAAUAAUUCAUGACAAUGGUAUGAUCUUAUCUAAGAUUGGAAUAUUUGGAACAAUAGGAAGGAUCAGUCAUGCAAUUGUUGAGAAAUCCACAAUGGAUGAUCAUAUGUCAUCAGAUACAAUUGAUUUUAGCAAUGACAGUAUAAGCAAAGUGAAGGAAUUUUUAGUUCAAUAUUUCGAGGGUUGUAAGAAGGAUGGUUACAUAGUGCUCGAAGAUACACUCUCUGAAUUCUACCAAACUUUAAGUGUUAAUUCUGGUGUCCGUACUAAUGACAUUAAUAAUCUACUUCAGUUAUCUACAACAAAUUUGCAUCAUAAUGUUCUAACGGAACAGCAAGGAAUGGCAAAUGAAAAUGAGGGCACUAAUAGUGGCGUGAAUCGUGGAAAGAUCUCUCUUUCAGAACAGAGGAGAAGAACUAAAAUGAUGAACGUGAAAGACUUUGAAGACUAUCUUCAUCUUUCCAUUCAGGAAGCAGGUAUCAAAUUGAACUUGUGUCCUACUGUGAUGAAAAGGGUUUGCCGAAGGGAUGGCUUGCGCAGAUGGCCAUCGAGAAAGAUUAAUAGCAUUAAGAGGAAGAUAUCGAAGCGACAAGAGAGUUUAAACUCUAUUCAUGCUGGAGAAAGGAAGAGUGCAAAGGCUGACAUUGCGAAGCUGGAAAAGGAACUUGCAGCCAUUUACAAUGACCUCACAUAGUAACUAGUAAUUUUCAAUCAUUUUUUCUGUACAGAUUUAGCUUAGUACAUAUAUUUAUAGUUGAAGGCAGAUUUAAAUGUACAAAAUGAGCUAUAUUGUGUAUGUACAAAGCUUAAGAGUUUGAAAUAUUUUUUCUGUAAUAAAGUUUGUUAUGUAGCAUAA